UUUACAUAUAAAAAAACACCUAACAUCGGAAUACCCCUUUAAUUUUGCGUCUUCCUUAUUUAUGGUAAGGCGAAAGAAAAGAUGGCUUCAAAGCUAGCAAAUCGUUUGCCACAUAUAAGUAGGUGUAUUCGUCCACAAAUUAAUAAAGUUUCCAUCUUCACACAACAAAAGCUACAAAGUACGCUCUCACCAUAUGAACAAUCUUUAUACAAUGUUCCAGAAACUGUGACAUCAUCUUUGUCAAAUGGGUUAAGAAUUGCUUCUGAAGAUUCAGGAAUCGAUACAUGCACAGUUGGAUUAUGGAUUGAUGCUGGAAGUCGGUUUGAAACUGAAGCAAACAAUGGUGUGGCACAUUUUCUUGAACAUAUGGCUUUUAAAGGAACAAAAAACAGAACUCAGCUACAGUUGGAGUUAGAGGUUGAAAACAUGGGAGCUCAUCUUAAUGCAUACACAUCUCGUGAACAAACAGUUUAUUAUGCCAAGUGUUUCAAAAAAGAUUUGCCUAAAGCUGUAAAUAUUUUAUCUGAUAUUAUUCAAAAUCCUGUGCUUGACGAAGGAGCUAUUGAAAGAGAAAGAGGGGUUAUCUUAAGGGAAAUGCAGGAGGUUGAUACUCAAUUAGAAGAGGUUGUUUUUGAUCAUCUUCAUGCAACUGCUUAUCAAGGAACACCGCUAGGAAUGACUAUUCUUGGGCCAUCAAAGAAUGUCAAGUCUAUUUCAAAAAAAGAUCUUCAGAACUACAUCAAUACACAUUAUCGUGCUCCAAGAAUGGUCUUAGCUGCUGCAGGAGGUGUUAAUCAUGAUGAACUUGUUAAACUUGCUGAGUUAAACUUUAGUGGGCUCCAGUCUAAAGUAGAUGAUAAAUCUGUUUUAAAACCAGUUCGCUAUACUGGCUCAGAAGUUCGUGUUCGUGAUGAUGAUAUGCCACUUGCUCAUAUUGCUAUGGCAGUGGAAGGUUGUGGUUGGGCUAAUCCUGAUUAUUUUACUUUAAUGGUAGCUAAUAUGAUAGUUGGGAGCUGGGACCGUUCACUUGGUGGAUCAAGAAAUGUAGCUGGUCAACUAGCUGCAGAUGUUUCAAAACAUAGCCUUGCAAACAGCUACAUGUCUUUCAAUACUUGUUAUACAGAUACUGGUCUUUGGGGGGCUUAUAUGGUUUGCGAUAAAAUGAAAAUUGAUGAUUUAGUUUAUGUUAUACAAAGGGAAUGGAUGCGCUUGUGUACAAGUGUAACAGAUAGUGAAGUUAAUCGUGCAAAGAAUGUCUUGAAAACAAAUUUCUUACUUCAAUUUGACGGUUCUACUCCAGUAUGCGAGGAUAUUGGAAGGCAAAUGCUGACAUAUGGUCGUCGAAUUCCUCUCCCUGAACUCAAUUACAGAAUAAAUAUAAUUGACGCUAAAAUGGUUAAAGAUAUUUGUUCAAAAUACAUUUACGAUAAAUGUCCCGUCGUAGCUGGUGUUGGUCCUGUAGAACAACUUCCUGACUACAACAGAGUUCGUGGAAACAUGUACUGGAUAAGAUUUUAAUAUUUGUACUAAAAAAAUAUUUUAAAUUUAAAAAUAUCGUUUUUUCAAUUUCAA